AUGGAAAAACAAAGGAUUUUCAAGCCUUAUUUAGGAGGAUGGAGACAUAAGGUUACUGGAGUAAAAUAUUUAAAUGCAGCUUCCCAGACUGAAUCUCUGCGCAAACAGUCGUUGAAAAGUACAUGUAGCCAGAUGGUUCAGUGUAUGGUAACGAAGGAUGGAACAACACAAACAUUAUGUCACCGCGCGACGCAAAUGUGGCGAGACGACUAUUACAUACCUAAUCAGACGGAUAAAUACAUGACCGUGAAGUCGUAUGAGAACUAUGACGAUAUACAACUGCGGCUCAAUUUGGAUGGACAUGCGCGUAUAAUUCAAAGGAAUUACCGGGCGUACAGGCUGAGGAAGUACAUAAAGGAAUGCGCGCGAAUUUAUCGCGAGAUGCUCGAGAAAUGUGAAAAACGCGAGGAAGAGAAAGCUAUCGUAAACAAAAUGCGACAUCAACGGAACAUUCUUCGGCAAAUACAACCGCGAUCGAGGGCUGAUUUCGACAUGCUCUACAACUUGAUCGAGAGAUGGAGGUCCGACCGUUUCCAGGACAUAAAGUCGCGAUUGUUCAAGGCCGCGCAGCGUGCUGAGAACUGCAGGAUCUUGGAGAAGACGGUGGAGAUGUUAAACCACAUCGAUAAGCAUAAACAAGCGAUUAGAAGUUUGUGCAGAAGACGGAGGGUUCUCAGAUUCCUCACGCUCAACUGCAAGCCGAUACGUUGGACCGGUUACAAGGGUAUACCGCUGGAGAUGGUUACCGUGAAAAUUCAAAAGGCUCAGGAAUUCAAAGGUCUCUAUGACGCAUUGAGCGACCGCGACGUUAAACCGGAUCAGCGAAUGGUGUUACUGAUAAUGUUGAGGAAGUCGAUCGAAGCGCACGAUUGUACGGAAGCUUUCGAUCUGUUGUCUCUGUUGGACCAGGAGAUCGCUUUGCUGACUCGACGAAUUACGUGCUUGUCACGAAGUUGUCUAAACGAAAGGAUAACGCAUACUUACUUGAAUUUUACGAGCAUGCACGGUAGCUGCGGCUGCGAAGCUGUCGGCGAGAAUUCUAAAGACGAUGAAUUGCGGGAACCUUCAGAAACAAAAGCAAAAUUCUGCCGAAGUUGCUUGAAACUACUUCCCAACCGCAGAUUCUUACCGCACAGUAGAACGAGGAGGCUAUCGGUCUGCAAGAGCUGCGAUUCUUUAAGUCGUCGCAACAUCGCGCACGUGGACUACGAUCCUUACAUGUUCAUAUUGGAUUGUGUGCGGGCUGAUGAGAUACGUCGCGGCAGCAAUUCCGCGCUGGCGUUUAUGAUGCAAAGGCAGGAUAUUUAUCAUUUGGUUAAUAACAUUUGGCACAGUCAAUCAGCGGUUAGCAAAGCCACGGAUAUCUUUCUUCUGAGACUAGUUAGGUACCGGAUGGACGAUGAAUGGGCACCUUGGAAUUGUAUCCUUUUGACGGAGGACGAAGCCGACGUGCAUUCUCGCAUUAAGGAUCCCGCAAAGGUGUACUCGAGACACCUGAUCCAUCAGAUCGGUUUGGCGCAUCAGAUCGCGAGGAGUCACUUCAGACAAUUAAUCAGUUUCGAGAGAGACUUCCGGGAGUCCGGUCGCUUCCCUGCGAUUCAAGGUGACAAGAAUACAAGUAGUACAGACUGCCUUUGA